CUUUUGACUUUCAUCAAAUUGUUGAUAGCUUUAAAGAAGUUGGAUUAGUUGGUGCAAGUAUUGGCACAACGAAGAAGGAUAAAGGUCCAGCAUAUUCAUCAAAAGCUUCACGAAAUUUUCGUCAAUUGGUAACAGAUAGAAUAAAACGAUACGGAAAUUUUGAAUAUGAUGUUGAACGUUACAAG